GUCAGGAGUCAAAGAAAUUACUUGUCUUCAUAUUAUUUGCUUUAUAGGAGUAAGCAAACUGGCCAGAGGCUGAUUUGUUCAGUUGCCACAGAGAACAUACCAAAGCAAGUUGAGGACUCCAAAAUGGAUACUCCAAAAGAAAUCUUUUUGAAGGAUUACAAGAUGCCGGAUUAUUACUUUGACACGGUGGAUUUGAAAUUUUCGUUGGGCGAGGAAAAAACAAUUGUUACUUCGAAUAUAACUGUCUUCCCUAGGGUUGAAGGUUCCUCUUCUCCCUUGGUUUUGGAUGGAGUAGAUCUAAAGCUUGUUUCAAUCAAGACCAAUGGUAUUGAACUAAAGGAGGGUGAAUAUUGGUUAGAUUCUUGCCAUCUAACACUUACAUCACCACCUCGUGGUACAUUUACUGUGGAAAUUGUCACUGAGAUUUAUCCUCAGAAAAAUACUUCAUUAGAGGGGCUUUACAAGUCAUCUGGGAAUUUCUGCACACAAUGUGAAGCAGAGGGUUUUCGUAAAAUUACAUUUUAUCUGGACCGCCCUGAUAUAAUGGCGAAAUACACAUGCCGUAUUGAAGCUGAUAAGUCAUUAUACCCUGUAUUGUUGUCUAAUGGAAAUCUCGCAGAACAUGGAGAUCUUGAGGGUGGUAGGCAUUAUGCACUCUGGGAGGAUCCCUUCAAGAAACCUUGCUACUUGUUUGCCUUAGUUGCAGGAAAGUUGGAGAGCAGAGAUGAUAAAUUUGUGACCCAGUCAGGUCGGCAAGUGUCUCUAAGGAUCUGGACUCCACCAGAAGACCUACCCAAGACUGCACAUGCAAUGUAUUCACUUAAGGCAGCGAUGAAGUGGGAUGAGGAUGUUUUCGGUCUGGAAUAUGACCUGGAUCUCUUCAAUAUUGUGGCUGUUCCAGAUUUUAACAUGGGAGCCAUGGAAAACAAAAGUUUGAAUAUCUUCAAUUCAAGGCUUGUCUUGGCGUCUCCAGAAACUGCUUCUGAUGCAGAUUAUGCUGCAAUCUUGGGGGUUAUUGGCCAUGAGUAUUUCCACAACUGGACUGGCAACAGAGUGACAUGUCGUGAUUGGUUCCAGCUCAGCUUAAAGGAGGGUCUCACUGUCUUUCGGGAUCAGGAAUUCUCAUCUGACAUGGGAAGCCGUACUGUAAAGCGGAUUGCUGAUGUUUCAAGGCUUCGUAAUUCACAGUAUCCACAGGAUGAUGGUCCUAUGGCUCAUCCCGUUCGACCACAUUCUUACAUUAAGAUGGACAACUUCUACACAGUGACUGUUUAUCAAAAGGGAGCUGAAGUUGUUAGGAUGUACAAAACUCUACUUGGGAGUCAAGGCUUCCGGAAGGGAAUGGAUCUAUAUUUUAAGAGACAUGAUGGGCAAGCUGUAACCUGUGAAGACUUUUUUGCUGCCAUGCGAGAUGCAAAUGAUGCAGAUUUUGCUAAUUUCCUAUUGUGGUACUCCCAAGCAGGUACUCCUCGUGUGAAAGUCACUUCUUCCUACAAUGCUGAAACUAAUGCUUAUUCUUUGAAGUUCAGUCAAGAGGUACCACCAACCCCCAGGCAGCCAGUGAAAGAGCCCAUGUUCAUUCCUGUAUCAGUAGGUCUGCUGGACUCAAGUGGCAAGGACAUGCCACUCUCGUCUGUGUAUCAUGAUGGCACAAUGCAGCCCAUUGCAGGCAACAAUGAACCAGUCUACACUACAGUUCUUCGAGUAACCAAGAAAGAAGAAGAAUUUGUGUUCUCUGAUAUACCGGAGCGGCCAAUUCCAUCUCUCUUGCGGGGUUUUAGUGCUCCCAUCCGUCUUGAAUCUGAUCUAUCUGAUACUGAUCUGUUUUUCCUGCUUGCUCAUGAUUCGGAUGAGUUCAACCGUUGGGAAGCUGGGCAACUAUUGGCAAGGAAACUGAUGCUGAGCUUGGUGGCUGAUUUUCAACAAAACAAACCAUUGGUUCUGAAUCCAAAGUUUGUGCAUGGCCUCAGAAGUAUACUUUGUGAUUCAAGCUUGGAUAAAGAAUUCAUUGCAAAGGCUAUAACUCUACCUGGUGAAGGAGAGAUUAUGGACUUAAUGGAAGUUGCAGAUCCAGAUGCUGUACAUGCUGUUCGAACUUUUAUUCGGAAGCAGCUUGCAUCAGAACUGAAAGCAGAGUUUCUGAGCACAGUUGAAAAAAAUCGGAGUACUGAAAAGUAUGUCUUUAAUCAUGCUAAUAUGGCCAGGCGUGCUCUGAAGAAUACUGCUCUAACAUGCCUUGCAUCACUUGGAUAUCCAGAGAUUACAGAACUUGCGAUGCAUGAAUAUAGAACUGCCACAAAUAUGACAGACCAAUUUGCAGCUUUGGCAGCACUAGACCAGAUUCCUGGUAAAACUCGUGAAGAUGCUUUAGAUGAUUUCUACAGCAAGUGGCAGCAUGACUAUUUGGUUGUGAAUAAAUGGUUUGCCCUUCAAGCUGUGUCUGAUGUUCCUGGUAAUGUUGAGCAUGUCCGUAAACUUUUAAACCAUCCAGCGUUUGACAUGCGUAAUCCAAAUAAGGUAUACUCACUCAUCGGAGGAUUUUGUGCUUCCCCUGUGAAUUUCCACGCUAAGGAUGGCUCCGGCUAUAAAUUCUUGGGAGAAAUUGUUGUCCAACUAGACAAACUGAAUCCUCAGGUGGCAUCCCGAAUGGUGUCAGCCUUCUCAAGAUGGAGGCGCUUCGAUGAAACACGCCAAAAGCUGGCCAAGGCACAACUGGAGGUGAUAAUGUCGACCAAUGGGCUGUCGGAGAAUGUGUUCGAAAUUGCCUCAAAAAGCUUAGCUGCUUUAAACCCUUGAUCACUGUCCAUGAUAGCUGUUAUAUGAGAAUUGAAUAAAUUGAUUAGCCCACAUUUUGUGUGAUGAACAUGGAAUGGCUACAUCCCUUAAUCGACUGUGUGUGUUGUGAAAUGCAGUCGUUUUAGUGUAAAAAAAUCUUCUACGCGUGGGAUACCUUACUUGCCCCGGACCUUAGCAUUGAGUCGGGCUGGCACAGUUUGUCGCACGAUGGGCUGUGCCAAAUCUGGUGUGGCUUGGCCCGGGAUGACCAUCACUGAUUCUUGGCAGGGGCAACGCCGGAAUCGAUGGUUUAAAAAACCAGAUCGCAUUGGCUGAUCGGACUGGUUGAACUAUUAAUUGUUAGUUAAACCGGUUCUAAUUUUGCAAUUAAAGCAUAUUAAAUUGGAUUAAA